GACAUAUGUGUCUGUCCUCCUGUUGUCGACUCGUCGGGAUACAGCAGCACCGCUGACCUCCCCGACCAGACCUCCCUCUGAGCGGGUUUUUAUGCUUCCGCCUGCAGGUUUGAUCCGGACACCGCGUCCACAGAGCUACUGCUGACAGAAUCUUGUAGUUUGUCCACAGGAAGAAAAAAAAUGGAUUUGCUUCCAGACUUGUGGAGACAGGAGUACUGGCUUCCACCUGGUGUGACCUGGAGAGACCUGGAGCAGCUGCCGGACUCUGAGAGACCUCAUCCCAAGGAUCUUCUGAUCGCUCUGCCCCUCGCUCUGGGCUUUGUCGCAGUUCGCUGCGUGUUUGAGAGGUUUCUGGCCCCGCCCAUCGCCAGAUGUCUGGGGGUGAAGAAUAGAUUGCAAGUGAGCGCCGCCCCCUCCCCUCUGCUGGAGUCGUAUUACUGUCACAGGAGCAAACAGCCGACACAGAUUGAACUUGUCAGUUUAAUGGUGUUAUGUGGAAAAACCCAGAGACAGAUUGAGAGCUGGUUCAGAGUUCGCCGGAACCAAGACCGACCCAGUCAAACCAAGAAGUUUGCUGAAGCUGCUUGGAGGUUCUUCUUCUACCUAUCAGCAUUUGUAGCUGGACUGACCUCCUUAGUCAACAGACCCUGGUUCUGGGAUCACAGGGAAUGUUGGAGGCAUUAUCCUAUUCAGCCCUUAGAGGAUGCUCAUUUCUGGUACUACAUGCUGGAGUUGGGAUUUUAUGGCUCUCUGCUCCUCCGGAUCUCCGUGGACGUCAAAAGGAAGGACUUUAAGGAGCAGGUGAUCCACCAUUUGGCGACCAUCUUCCUGCUCGGUUUCUCCUACUGUGCCAACUACAUCCGCAUCGGCACCUUGGUCAUGCUGCUUCAUGACUCGUCUGACAUAUUGCUGGAGUCGGCUAAGAUGUUCAACUACGGCACCGGCUGGAGGAAGACAUGUGACUCUCUGUUUGUUGUGUUUGCUGUGGUCUUUCUUGUGACUCGACUGGUGAUUUUCCCCAGCAGAAUCAUUCGGACCACCCUGCUCCUGUCCAUGGAGGUCUUUGAGCCUUUUGCUGGCUACUACCUUUUUAACAUCCUGCUGAUGGUGCUGCAAGCUCUUCACGUAUUCUGGGCUGUGCUGAUCUUGCGCAUGGUCUACAAGUUCCUGAAAGGCAAGCUUGAAAAAGAUGAGCGCAGUGAUGAAGAGAGUGAGGCUGACUUGGAGGAGGAGGACAAAGCGAAAGAAGAAAAGACGGAUCAAGGAGGGGAUUGUUACUGGGGAAAAAGUAAAGAAACUCUGAACUGCAAACUGUCCGCGCUGACCAACAGUUGUGUCCUCAAUAACUUGACCCACCACAGAUCCUCUGUGGCUAAUAGAGCACGUAAAGCUCAGUAAAGCUUUUGUUUUAUGCUUAUUUUUAUGACUGAUCCAUUUAGCUUUGUACAGAAAACAAUGGACUAUGAAGAGGCUAUGGAAAUGUAGCUGGUUGUAGCGCUCAUGUUGUAAGAGAUAAUUUUUUUAUAUGACAUCUCCUGUCCUUUGGUUUCUCCUGAAAGCACUAACAGAGAUGGUUCUUUUGCCUAUCUUCUUCCACAUAGACAGAUAGUCUGUUAUGCAUCUGCUGCACAACUCAGCUUAUAAUUGUUAUUUGGUUGGAGAAGAAUGUAUUUUUCAUAAAAAUGUUAAAGAUUUUACUUUUAAGGCCCACUGCAGUUCACAUGUAGAGAGAUUGCAUUUGGCAAUGGACAGAUAGACAGAGAGAUACAUAGAAUCUGAGCAUAUAUAGGAUUUUAUAAUUUAUUUAAAAAUCUUCAAAAUCUACUGAAAUGCAGCUUAUCUUUUCUAUGACAUUUAAUAUAGCCCACUUUUGACUUUGUAAAAUAAAUGAAACUAUGAAACACUUUCAUCUCACAAAGAAAGACUGUAAUAUAUACUUUGGACAUCUGUUAACAUUGACAUAUUGUUUUUGACAGUGACGUGCGGUGAGGUUCAUAGCUGGUGAGGCACUGACGUCAUCAGAAUCAGAUUUGCAAAUAGAUGCAUAGAUUGACAGCAGUUUACAGGUUAUGUUUCACUUCUGCAUUCUUACACAUACAAACUGUAGCUCACAAAACACACAUUUCCUUAAAAAACAAAACAAAAUAAAUGUUAUUACUGUCUUACCUGCUUUGAUUGAAAGUCCACUUGAGAAAACUUUUUUAGUGUUGUAAUGUAGUCAUCCAUGUCGAAAGUCGGGAUAAGCGAGAGGAAAAAAAUCACUAUCUCUAUUAUAAUCUAUCGCUGCACUUGACUUGCUUCCCGAAUCGUUUAGCCUAGCUCGCUGUCACUUACUCGGCAGUUGAGGAGUGAACAAGACGAACGUCUGGGAUCUUGAGCGCCCCCUGCCAUGAGGCAAGAGAACUGCCUGCCUCACCUCGAACCUGUUCUCUGCCGUUUAUAAUCGCUCAUUACACGAAACACGUUACACAAACACAGUUGGUGACAAAAAGCACUGUACAUUAUAUACAUAAGCUAAAUUAUUGGAAAUAAGUUCACAUAUUAAAUUUGUUUAAACCAUUUUAUUGACGCCGUACAGCAACAUGCUCUCUCCGCUUAGCAGCCAGCGCAGAGCCAGGGGUUGCGCAAUCCAAGGUGAGGCAGAGCUCGCUGCUGCCUCACCGGCAUCGCUUCCAAGCAUUUGAAUGGGAAAAUAAGAAAAUUCAGCGAUUUUGAACAAAUAAAAAUCGAAAUUGGU